AUGUUUUCGUACGUACCAAGUAAUUAUUCUGUCAGAAGUUCUACCUCAAACCAACCACCUUUAUAUGGCACUGCAUUUUUUAGGCAACCAUCAACAUCAUCCUUGGAAUCUACGUUUGAAAUUGUUCGUGAAGAUGCUUUCUCAAAAUCAGUGAAUUUAACGGAAUCUAACAGUGCUGGAGAUUUCGUAUCUGAUUUACAUAAAUCAGUUCAGGUUCUUCCGUCAACGAGCGGCAGAUAUCAAAUAUAUCGGGAUAGCAUAAACACAUCUAAACAGACGGCAAAUAAAAUGUCAACUCGGAACGAUACCAACAGUUUUAUCUAUAAUAUAUCUAAUCCACAUAGACCCAAGUUGGAAUCAGCCGCGGUUAAAAAAUCUCCUGAUUCUAAAAAAAUUCAUGUGACUAAAAGUACGCCUAAACUUGAUAGAAAAAGUCCUGGUUCAGUUUCUACGAAGAGUCUGCCAGUCUCUAUGGUCACGUCCACGGAUCAUGAUUUUGAAUGUAGUUGUAAACAAUAUCAUUCUCACGUGUUUCUGGAUGAUUCUAUCAAUAUGGAUAUGGUAAGACAAGAGCAACAGCGUGUCAGAGCUGUUAACGACUCACAUAAAUCUAGUUUAUAUCUAGCAGAAGGGACAGAUGAUGCACGGAAUAUAUUCUGGACACCAGCUCUGUCCUUCCACUCCUAUAAACAUGGUGACACUUGUGUGGAAUUCGCGAGUUUGUGGCCUAGUAAGAAGGAGUUACAGGAACAUUUACAGAAUUCCGGAGUUUUAUCAACGGUGUUACGUGGAGCUGUGUUUGAACUGGGAUUACAAGCCAUUGUUUGUGGACCAAUAGAUCUUCUCAAAUGUCUUAUUCAACUCUGUUUAAUCAGGGUAGAUCAACAGUUUGAUAAUGGUAGUAGUAUGUUACAUAUAGCCUGUCUAUCUAGAAACAUAGAAUCUGUUCAAUAUCUAACACAGAUUGGUAUCUCUCCUAAAAUAAGAGACAAGCACGGUCUAGUCAGACAUGACUGGUAA